UAACAUCCCGAGUGCGGAAGAUAUUUACCGAUGGACUCUCUUCCGUUACGGGAAAUCGCAGCAUGAAGAAGGAGCAAGUUGUAAACUGUCAGUUUUCGGUUUGGUAUCCGAUAUUCAAGCAACAUACGAUUAAAAGUCUGAUUCUUCCACUGCCUCAGAAUGUAAUAGACUAUUUACUGGACGAUGGCACACUGGUAGUCUCUGGGAGUGACCACAACGCACAGCAGACAUACACUAACAACAGCGACUCCGAUGACGAGGAAGACAUUCAGUGGUCAGAUGACGAGACAACAUCCACCGUCACCGCUCCUGAGUUCCCAGAAUUCACUUCGAAGGUGCUGGAGGCCAUAAACGCCCUGGGUGGGCGCGUCUUUCCCAAACUCAACUGGAGCGCUCCUCGGGACGCUAACUGGAUCGCUCUCAACAGCUCCUUGCAGUGUGACAGCCUCACCGACAUAUUUCUGCUCUUCAAAAGUUCUGACUUCAUCACUCACGACCUCACCAAGCCAUUCCUCCUAUGUAGUGACCAGGACUCCCCAGAUCCACUCGUAAACUAUGAGCUGGUCCUGAGGAAGUGGAGCGAAUUGAUUCCUGGCGGAGAGUUUCGGUGCUUCGUCAAAGAAAACAAACUGAUCGCCAUCUCCCAGAGAGACUACACUCAGCACUACCAGCACGUCUUGAAGCAGGAGGAGCAGAUCCUUCACGCCAUACAGGCCUUUUUCAGCCAGCACAUCCAGUACAACUUCCUGGACGAAGACUUUGUGUUGGAUGUCUACAGAGACAGUCAGGGGAGGGUGUGGCUGAUCGACGUGAACCCGUUCGGCGAGGUGACUGACUCGCUGCUCUUCAGCUGGGAGGAGCUGGCGACCGGGGGGGAGCUCGCCCAGCAGCAGGAAGGCCCGGCGUUUCGCUGCACCACCAGCGAGGUGACGGUGCAGCCCAGUCCCUGUCUGAGCUACAGAAUCCCACGGGACUUCGUCGACCUCUCCACUGGAGAAGACGCUUACAAACUCAUCGACUUCCUAAAACUGAAGAAAAGCCAACAGGAGGAGGAGGAGGAGAACCCUCCACAGUGACUCACAAGGAAGACGCAGAUGCCAGCAUCCUCAGCCCGUCCCCGACCCAGCGACUCGUUACCCUAUGUCCCGAUUUAUUUCCCUGUUGAGGGGGGGAGGCAAUGAUUAGUUGUUGUUUUUUUCCAAUGGAGAGGGAACAAAUGAAAGCAAAUAUAUUCAUGAACACUGUAGACCCUGCCCUUCUACUACUAAUAUAUGCGUGUGUAUUAGUUUAUCAAUCUUUAUUUCAGCCCAAAUAGCUGGAAAUUAAAAAUUGAAUGCUAUUCGGCGCACACAUCUCACCGUACGCGAGCGCUGGUGCGUAAAGGACAGACUUUUUUUAUAUAACCCUGAAGCCGUGAAUCACAGUCACCGUUCAUUAUUCUCCGCAGCCCCCCCUGCUCCUCCAUCCACACCACCCUACCCUUUGCUCCUAGUCGCUUAUUUCCAGCCUUUUUGUUACCCAUAAUGCAUCACUGUAGACGGUAAAAAAAAACACCAUUAAACUUCUUGUUGUGUAUUUGC